AUGAAUCUCAUAAAUAGCAUGGUGGAUGUUAAGGAGUAAUAUUUAAUUUUUCUGGUACAAUUUUAAUAACUGAUGAUUGGAAAAAAAAAUAUUUGGAAUUUCUAAAAUGGAAAAAUGGAAUUAUCAAAAUGUUUAGAAGGAGAUGAUACAAAAAUGAAUUGUUAUAUUUUUAGUAAAAAAUAAAAUGCAUUCAUUUGUUCUGAUGAUUCUUCCAUUAGAAUUUGGAAGUAGUAAAAUGAUAAGGAAUGGAUUAAAUCUGAUCGUUAAACAUAGCAUUAAAAUGCCAUUUUGUGUUUGACGUUAAACGAGGAAGAAGAUAUCUUAUUUGCAGGGGGUGCAGAAUUUAUUAUUACAAUAUGGAAAGUAGAUUUUAAUAUGAAUUAACUGACUUAUAUUUAAUCCUUAAAAAGACAUACAUUUUCAGUUUUUGCUUAAAUAAUUCUGAAAAUUAAUUAGUUUCUUGUGGGUAAGAAAUAAUUUUAUGAUAAAAAAAUGAAGAAUAAUUAUGGGAAUUUUGUUAUAUUGUUAACUAAUCAAUCAAUUAAGAUGGCUCUAGGAUCAAAUUUUUAGAUGAUAAUUAAUUUAUUUGGGCAGCUAAUACAUAGGAUAGUGAUAAAAUCCAUGUGUUUGAACUUGAUGAUGGAUAAUUUUAUGAAAAUUAAGAAAAGACUCUUUAAUUAAUAAAAGAUAAUAAGCCUUAUGAUAUCCAUUUCUUUCCAAUAAUAUACAAUAAAUAGAAAAAUGCCAUAUUCUUUAAACAUAAAAGCAAUUUGUAUAUCUUAAGAAAAUAAGAAAAUGGAGAAUUAAAAAUUGUUGAAGUAUUUAAUUUUGGUGGAGUUCAAACUUAAGGUAAUGUUACAUUAAACGGAGAUUAUUUAGUAGAAUGGAAUGAAUAUAAGUAGUGUUUUUCUACAUAUGAAAUAUGUUAUUAAUGA